CCCUCACUCUCCAUCCGCCACACCUUGCCCCCCAGCUGCCGCCCUAGCACUCUCAUCACGGCAUUGCGCGUCCUAUCGUGGGGGGCAGACUCCGUCGUGUACACAUCGACAGUCUGAGAACGGUCAGCUCCCCAAUCCGCCAGUCGAAUGACCGCCGUGUGCCCCUCACUGACCGCCUCACUGCCCAACACACCAGCCGCAAAUGCCAUCGACAAUUAUACUUCUGGUCGAACACGGCCACUCCGUUCCCCCACUGUGCCGCAUCGCUGGGAGGGGCCGCCCGCAGCUGACACACACGUAGAGAUGCCGCAGAAGCCGGACACCAAGACGACCAGUCUCUGGAGAAAGUGAUGUAGCGGCCGUCACGAAGCCAAUUAAAGACGCUGAAUGCCACCAAAGAAGCGUAAUUGCGGUACGUCCAGCCGUCCAGCUGUGUGGGCGGGUUGGCGGGGUCGACUGUGUCACGAGGGAAGAGGGGGCUGGCAGAGGUGAGGAGGGCGGGGAGACGGUAGCCCGAGGCAGUGUGGAGGAUCCAGUCGCCGUCCAUCAGCUGUCUUUGCUGGCCUCUAUCAUGGACAGUCACCCCUCGGCUGAGUAUCUUCCACUGGCGGACCGCCUCGGUCUCGCCGAUGAAGCCCCGGCCCGUCUGGCUGCCGAACACCUCGAAAUGCCCAUCACCCAGCACCACUGGCCGCUUGCCGCGUAGGUGAUACAGCAGCUCCAAAUGAGGCCGCCACCUCGCCAAGUCGCGGCCAUCCUCGAGCAUCAUUAGCCGUCGUGUGAUGGCCACAAUGACGGCCGCGUCCUGGCUCAGCUUGGGGAUGGCCACCUGCACGAAAGCACCAAAUAUGUCUUCCACCACGGCGGGCAGCAGUCGUGUGAGGAUGGGCAGCAAGACGGCGGUUGUGAAUUGUGUGGGAUGGGCGUCGAUGAGGGCCUCCAGCUGUGAGUAGCUCCUGACAUACUCGGCGAUGAUGACCGCUGCCUCCUCAGGCACAUCAGAGGCACUGAUGGGGUCGUCAUGCUGCUGAGGGGGGGAGGUGCUGCGGUGACAAGUAGCCAAUGUCUGCAACACAAACCCGCCGACCAACAGGCAUAGUGAAUGAAUGUUUACUGGCGCUCCCCUCUUUCUUCACCGUGAGUAAGGCCUUCAGCCAUCGCCACGGGUUUAACAU